AUGAAGGCAGAUCUCGGUUCAGAGACGUGGGAAGAAGCAGCAAAGAUUCAGCGGCUCUGCUUGUUUCCUGUCAGCGUUGCGGAGCUUGCGAAAUUUCGGCCGUUUUCAGCCGAUGACAACCUUGAAAAGUACGCGGAAAAAUGUACCAGCUUGUUAGGACAUGUUUUCUUAAUGUCGGCUUUAUGUCUGGCCCGCACAUUCCAACAGCGGAGCGUAGGGUCACGCAGCUGUCAUGGAUCAAUCUCUCUAUUAAUCCCUCUAUCAACUGAAUGA